AUGUCUACGCCAUGGCACACACCGUCCCCCGGCGAGGCGCCCGCCACGCUGCGCAGCGGUCAGAACGGCAGCCAGGACCUCGACGACGCGGAGAAGGGGCUCUUUGACAGAAGCAGCCAGACCACGCUCGCCCUGUCCGUCCCGAGCCCCGCCGCUCGCGCCGCCGACAAGAGGCUCGGCAAGGUCAUGCACAUCGAGACGUCCAUGCCCUUGCCCGUCUCGCCCAUCCACGAAGGAAUCACGCCUCUCUCGAGCGUGCCGUCGCUCUCGCUACUCCGCCAGCAGAGGGGCUGGCCCAUUCUGUCGGUCGAGUCUACCGCCGCGGCCGCUACGAACCAGGCUAGCACCCCGCCGCCGCCGCCGCCGUCCCCGCCGCUCGAGAAGCCCAUGGCCUCUCCCGGGAAGCCCGCGCAGGGCAAGGGCAAGAAGCCCAAGAUCAGCAGAUGGAUCCGGUUCCAGCUCUGGUACAACGCCUACCGCCGCUUCUUCACCUUCGUCGUGUCGCUCAACCUGGUCGGCAUCAUCAUGGCCGCCCUCGGCCGGUUCCCCUACGCCAAGAAUCACCUAGGCGCUCUGGUCCUGGGGAAUCUGCUGUUCGCCAUCAUGAUGCGCAACGAGCUGUUCCUGCGGCUUCUCUACUUUGUGUUGAUUCACGGCCUUCGCGGGUGGGCGCCUACCGGUCUGAAGCUUGCUGUCACCUCGUCUCUGCAGCACGUCGGUGGGAUCCAUUCAGGCUGCGCCCUCUCCGGUGCCAGCUGGCUGGUCUUCAAGACGGUCGACAUCCUGAUCAAGAUCCCGAUUCAGCACAAAUCCGUGAUCGCAACCGGCAUCGUGACCAACGUUUUCGUCAUCGUCUCCAUCCUCAGUGCCUUCCCCUGGGUUCGCAACUACCAUCACAAUACGUUUGAGAGCUAUCAUCGAUUCAUUGGUUGGCUGGGUCUUGCGGCCACAUGGGCAUUCGUCAUUCUGGGCAACACAUACGAUGUCACGUCGAGGGAGUGGAGAAUGGAUGCCCACACUCUGCUAAGCGCCCAGGAACUUUGGUUUGCUAUCUUUAUGACGAUAUUCGUCCUUCUUCCGUGGAUCACACUUCGAGAGGUGCCCAUCGAGGUUGAAAUUCCAUCUCCCAAAGUUGCCAUCCUCAAGUUCGAGCGCGGGAUGCAGCAAGGCCUCCUUGGCAGGAUCAGCCGCACGUCCGUCAUGGAAUACCACGCUUUCGGCAUCAUAAGCGAAGGGCGCAAGUCCACACACCACUACAUGAUAUGCGGUGUGCAGGGCGACUUUACCAAGGGCCUGGUGAUGGAUCCUCCCAAGAAAAUAUGGACAAGAGAGCUGAAGUUUGCCGGCGUCGGGCACGCAUCCGCCAUGUUCAAGCGAGGAAUCCGCGUAUGCACCGGCACCGGGAUCGGCGCCGCGCUCUCCACCUGCAUCCAGAACCCGGACUGGUUCCUCAUCUGGAUAGGCUCCGACCAGGAGGCGACGUUCGGGCCGACCAUCACAGGCCUGAUCUACAAGCACAUCGAGCCGGAGCGGAUGAUCCUAUGGGACUCCAAGAAGCGCGGGGGCAGGCCCGAUAGCGUCAAGCUGCUCAAAGAGACCUGGGACAACUUUGGGGCCGAGGUCAUCUUCAUCACCUCCAACAAGCAGGGCAACGACGAGAUGAUGCAGGGCUGUCACGCAGCGGGGCUUCAUGCUUUCGGAACCCUCUGGGAUUUUUAAGGAUCAUGCUGGGAAGUAAAUCAAGGGUGUGGCUUUAUGGGUUAGACGAGUCUGGUUAUUGCAUAUUUCCUUACCAUUAUUGCCCUCCGUCCAUCAAAAUAUAUGAGGGAGGAGGUUAGCAUCUUUGCGGAAUAUUUA